AUGUGCUGGUCUCUCUUUGUCUUGUUUAUGUACAAGGCGCAGUCAGCCAAAACGAUAUACAUUCUCAGAUUAUUUGCGGGUAUCUUCGAGUCGGGCGCCAUGCCAGGCGCAUUCUACAUUAUUGGAAGUUGGUACCGCACAUCUGAGAUUAGUCGACGCUCUACAAUUUUCAUGUUUUCCUCGGUGGGAGGACAGAUGUUCUCAGGCUAUAUCCAAGCUGGAUUAUACAAGAAUAUGAACCACACUCUUGGCUUGGCGUCUUGGCGAUGGGUGUUUAUCUUUGAUUUCCUCAUUAGUGUCCCGGUCGCCAUACUGGGAUUCUUCUGCUGUCCCAAUGAACCAAAGUCCACAAAGCCUUGGUGGAUGACGGAAAAGGAACGUGAGAUGUGCGUUGAGCGUCUUGCAAACGAAAAUCGCGAUGCCAUGAAAGCCACCUGGGACUUGAGCGCUGUGAAACGAAUUCUUACUUCAUGGCAGCUGUGGGCUUUCUGCAUCGCUUGGGGAACAAUGGAAUGCACCUGCGGUGUGAACUUGCAGAGAUGGAUGACCUUGUACCUUAAGUCAGUGAAGGUCGACGGUCACGCCAAAUACAGCGUUGAGAAAAUCAACAACUUGCCUACAGUGGUCGGAUGUGUUGAACUUGUUUGGAUGAUCCUGAGCGCGUUGGUCAUGGACAAAACACAGAAUCCUCCUCUGGUAAUUCUAGUGCUUGGUCUUUUUCAACUAUUCGCCUACAUUGUUUUCUAUAUUUGGUCCAGCAAUGAUCAUUUCAUAAUGGCUGUCUACUACCUCUGCAGUGCUUAUGGGGCGAUUUCCGCUCUAAUUAGUGCCUGGCUGAACUCUUGCUGUGGUGGUGACAAGCAACUGCGUGCUCUGAGCACAUCUCUGAUGAUUUCAGUAGGAUAUGCUGUUGAAACUGUUUCCCAGCAGUUCAUGUUUCCAACCUCCGAGGCACCUCGGUUCCAAAGAACCAAAGGAUACGCAUUUGGGAUUGGGUGGAUCUGUGCGAUGAUUCUCUGGCUUUGUGUCUGCUUGCCCUUGAUUGAGCGGUUUUUUAAGCGACGAGCCCAGCACAGGCCUGUAGACACAGCCUGA